AUGCCAACCAAACCCCAGACUUCCUCCAAGGAAACCGAGUCUAUCCCAGAAGGAUGGAGAGAUGACCCUUUUCACGUGCAAGGUGCAGAAUAUCAAGAAUUCGCAUACGCCUACGGACUCACCAACGUCUCGGUGCUAUUAACGCAAGGCCUUGACAUCGGAGAGCACGGAUUCAUAUGCUCAUCUAACGGUCGCUAUUAUCUGGCGGAUGAAAUGGCCUAUUGCAUGCUUGAGAUUACAAAGCCUACAACAUAUUCAGGAAUAUUGCAUGUUCUGAAUACCAAGGGGCAGAACGGGUUAAGGAUGAAAUCACUUCAGAUGGUUCCGUAUGCGGAGCAGCCGGAAUCUGGGCCUGGUGCGUAUGUGGUGCUUGGCUAUAAAGUAACUCACGUUAACUAUCCUCCAUCAUGUUCUCCCAAUUUACCAAUCAAUUACACCUCUUCUUUGCCAUUGAACUCUUCAAUCCUCUCUAACACAACCCACACCACCAUAAUCAUGAUGAACAGAUCCCCCAGAGUCGCUACCCGCUGUCUGCGACAGCAGCGCCUCCGCCAAUCGGCCGGUCGCUACCGUAACGCUCGAUUCCAGUCGUCCUCCUCCUCUUCCUCUUCUUCCGGCUCCACGGGCACCGGCAGCAGCAAUCCCGCCCUGAUCGGAGGUCUCAGCGGCGGUCUCGUCGCCAUCGUCACCGGCUACACAUGGUACCAUCUUUCCGGGGCUCGCAAAGCCGUCAAAACUAUGAAACAGACCCAGGUUUACGCCGACCAAGUAAAGCAAGGCAUUAUCAAGAACGCCCCGGAGCCCGACAAGGCGCUGAACUGGCUGCGGGAUACCCUUAAGAGCUAUGCGGUGUUGCUCCCGGGAGCAGGCAAACACAUUGAUGCUGCGUUCGACGAUCUGGAGAAAGUGAAGCAACGGCAUGGGCCUGAGGUGGAUAGCAUCGUGCGGGAUGCAUAUAAAGAGCUGAAGGCUCUGGGAAAUAAAGGCGGUGCCAAUGCGGAUACCGCCAUUCAGGCAUUGCAGGUGCUGCAGAAGAGUUUGACGCGGUUGAUGGAGCUGUCUGGUGAUGCUGCCGGGGAUAUUUUGGAUAACCACCCGUGGUUGCAGGAGAAGGUUGGUGGCGGGUGGAAGCAGUUGAAGGAGAUGGGGGAUGCGUAUGGGCCGCAGGCGAAGGAGGAGGUGGAUAAGACGAGGGAGCAGCUUGCUGGGGUGGCGAAGAAGGGAUUCAGUCUUGCGUCGGUGGAGGAGGUGCGCAAGUUGAUUCAGGAGAAGUCCGAGAAGUUGCAGAAGCUUGGGGAUGAGAUGUGGCAGAAGGGGCUGGAGGAGAGUAAGCAGUAUUUGGAUAAGAAUCCGAAGGUGAAGGAGCUCGUGGAGAAUAACGCGGAGGCGCUGAAGAAGGGAAAUGUGAGUGAGUUGUGGGGUAUGGUGAAGGAGGCUGCGUCGUCGGGGAAGACGGAGCAGGUGGAGAAAUAUGUCAAGGAGAAGGUUGACCAAGCGCAGCAGAGCGGGUCUUUUGAUCUGAGCAAGUGGGCGGAUAUGGUGCCGGGAGGAUCUAAUGUCCUGGGCCAAUUGCAGUCUCUUCGGACGUUGCAGGAGAAGAAGGGCAAGGAGGCAGAGAAUGUCCUCAAGGAGACCAUGGAUGAGAUCCAAGAGGUUUUGAAGAAGAGAAAGGAGCAGAUGGAGAAGCUUGCCAAUGAGGCGAAGAAGGAUGACUAGUUAGUCCUUGAUGUAUAUGUGAGAUGAAGUACUAUCAGUCGAUGAUUAGAUCUAAUAAUAUGUCUAGAAACUUUUGAUAAGAAAGA